UUGUACUUUUCGGUUGUUAGAUUUUCGUGAUUUUCUCACGUGUAGUAGUGUCUCUUUUACGUGUUUUUAAAAUACUAACAAUUUUCAUUCAAAGUUUCUCGAUAUAUAAUGGUUAAGUGAUUAACGACGAAACAAGGAGAACGUUUCGAAUAUUCUGACGAAAGUUCCGGAAGGUGGUUCAUCGUACAACUGAAUUUUUAGCAGCAUCGGUUGUUUUUUGAGAAAAUACAAUAUGACUGAAGAACACCAACUGCCUUCUGACUCCGAUGAAGAUGACGAAGAUUAUGUUCCUGGUGGUGCAGAUAGUGAACCUGUAUCUGAAAUAGAAUCCGAAGGUGAUGCAGAAAGUAGUCCUGAAGAUGAAAACGAUGAAAACAAAAGAGAAACUACAAAGAAAAGAGGGAGAAAGAAAAAGAAAUCUAUAAAAUCUAAAAUUAAAAAGCGUGGAAGAUCAAAGAAAAAGGUAGCAGAUGAAGUUAACGAAAAAGAGGAAGAAGAAGGAGAAGAUGAAGAAGAAGAACAAGGAUCCAGAGAGAAGAAACAACUUACUGAAAAAGAAGAGAAAGAGAGAGCUGAUUCUCUUUGGGCUGAUUUUAUGAAGGAUACAGCCACGGCACCUAAACCCAAGCCACAAAACAUGACAAAUAAAUCAAAGGAGAAAUCACCGCCCAUAGAGAAGCCAAAAGUAGAAGAGAAAAUGAAGAUAACUAAGGUAUUUGAAUUUGCCGGUGAAGAAGUAAAAAUAGAGAAAGAGGUCUCUGUGGAUUCCGCAGAAGCAAGAUUAUCUUUGUCUUCUGCUGAAAAUUCUGAGAAAACAGGAAACUCUGGUCCUCCUGCAGGGAAAGGAUCUGGAAGAGGAAGAGGCUUUAAACGGGCUGGGUUAGGGGGUAUAUCUUCUGUCCUUGGUCAAUUAGGGAAAAAGGCAAAAAUUAGUACAUUAGAAAAGUCCAAGCUCGAUUGGGAUAAUUAUAAGAAAGAAGAGAAUUUAGAAGAAGAGAUUACUACUCAUAAUAAAGGCAAGGAUGGAUAUUUAGAACGUCAAGAUUUCUUGGAAAGGGCAGAUUUGCGACAGUUUGAAAUCGAAAAGCAAUUACGUAAUGCCAAUAGACGCAGUACACGGUGAAUUUAUAUUUUCAUUUAUAUAUGUAUCUCUUCCUCGACAAUGAGAACCAAAAAUGGUAUUGAAAGGAAUACCAUAUUAAACUUGUCAGUUGUCGGCGCUUAUAGCACAUAUUUAAUCGAAUUCUUUAAACUGUUAUUAAAUAUCUCGUGCCACGUGCAAACAUAUGAUUGCGUCGCUUGGCUUGACAAUCGGCUGGAUCUCUAUAGGAAGCGGUUGAGAGCCAAUUCUGUGAGAAGAGACUGAUCAUUCCACUGUAUUGAAGAUAAUAUAGUAUGUUAUGUAAUAGUUUAAUUUACCAUCUGCGAGCCUUGUCUCGAGCCAUUAUAUCACAGAACUUCGCAUCGAAGCAGGAUGUUUGAAGCUUGGUGCUUCGAAGACCGACGAUAUAUAUUCUAACAAUAAACAAGCUCCAGAGAUGUUUUUAUUCCGUUUCAUUGGGAGAAGGAUGAUUGCCGCAGUAUAAAUAGUAAAAUCAAUCUAUCUCUCGAUCUAAUUAACCGAUUCUAAGGGAAAGGAGCUCGCAGAAAUAAAAGGCGAACAAGCGAUACAACUCGUACGAUCCAUCUCGUUUCUACGUAAACUCUCAGCUACCCCGCAAGACAGAGAAACCUCAGGAGCAACCUGAACGAGAGAACACGAAGGAGCUUGUCCGAGCCAUAAUCUUCUCUCGAAGACUGCUUCUCUCAUUUGUCCGUUAAUCGCGGCCAUGAAAGCGGCACCUGUAGUGCCGUAAAAUCGAAUUAAAAUCCACUUGGCGAGCUAUCAGGACAAAAUGAAAGCGGAAGCAGCCAAGUGCCCGCUGCGAGUCGAAUUAGCCAACGGGCCAAGCGGUAAUCGCUCGCGAAUAAAGAUGCUCGUGAAACGCGAGUCGCAAAUUUUUCGAGCACCUGGGGCACCGUUCGCCGCUGAUCGCAAUCUGGACCUGGAAGGUGUCGCGUGUGCCGUAAAGCCGAAUUACGAUUCAGCCGCAAGGAUGAGGAUGGCGUAAGAGGAAGCCGCGUGGACCGGAGGUGGAGCAGUGCGUGGAUCGUUGGACGUGUUCGCAAAACGGCAG